AUGGCUCUAGUGGGUAUAGACUUUCGGGCACCUUUGAGACAAGUAAAAAGAGUUCAAUUUGGGAUUCUUGGUCCAGAUGAAGUAAAACGUAUGUCAGUAGGGGAGAUUGAGUUCCCCGAAAUUUAUGAGAAUGGAAAACCCAAGAAAGGCGGAUUGAUGGAUCCGCGACAAGGAGUCAUUGAUAGAAGGGGACGAUGCAUGACUUGUGCUGGAAAUCUCGCAGAUUGUCCAGGACAUUUUGCUCAUUUGGAGCUUGCGAGACCUGUGUUUCACAUCGGGUUUCUAACAAAAAUUCUUAAAGUACUCCGUUGUGUUUGUUUUUAUUGUAGUAAAUUGCUUCUGGACAAAGAUAACCAACGUGUCAAAGAUAUUAUUAGAAAGACACAAGGGAAUCCUCGUCGGAGGCUCGCUUUGAUAUAUGACAUGUGCAAAUCUAAAAUAGUUUGUGAUGGCGGAAAUGAAGUAGAAAAUCAAAACCCUGAGGAUGGGGAAGAUGGAGAAAAAGUUAUAAAAGCGAGCGGAUGUGGUCGAUAUCAGCCUUCUUAUCGUCGCACUGGCAUUGAUAUUAAUGCUGAGUGGAAAAAGAAUGUAAAUGAAGACACACAGGAACGAAAAAUAUUCCUUACAGCCGAAAGAGCCCUGGAAAUCUUCAAACAAAUUUCUGAUGAGGACUGCCUUAUUCUAGGAAUGGAUCCUCGAUUUGCACGUCCUGAUUGGAUGAUCUGCACUGUUCUUCCUGUCCCUCCUCUGGCUGUUCGGCCUGCUGUCGUUACCUUUGGGUCCGCUCGAAAUCAGGACGAUUUAACGCACAAACUCUCCGAUAUUAUCAAAACAAAUAUUCAGCUACGCAAUAAUGAAGCGAAUGGGGCAGCGGCUCAUGUCUUGGCAGACGAUGUAAAAUUGUUGCAGUAUCACGUAGCAACACUCGUAGACAACUGUAUACCAGGACUUCCAACGGCCACCCAGAAAGGUGGAAGGCCAUUGAAAUCCAUAAAGCAGCGUUUGAAAGGAAAGGAAGGCAGAAUUCGAGGAAAUCUUAUGGGUAAGCGUGUGGACUUCUCCGCGCGUACCGUCAUUACGGCUGAUCCAAAUCUUCCUAUUGAUACCGUUGGUGUACCUCGCACAAUCGCUCAGAAUUUGACAUUUCCCGAAAUCGUGACUCCAUUCAAUAUUGAUAAGCUGCAAGAACUUGUCAAUCGUGGAGACUCCCAGUACCCAGGUGCAAAGUAUAUUAUUCGUGAGAAUGGUGCUCGUGUCGACCUUCGAUACCAUCCUCGAGCGGCUGACCUCCACUUGCAACCUGGCUAUAGAGUUGAGCGUCAUAUGCGCGACGGUGAUAUCAUUGUCUUCAAUCGCCAGCCAACACUGCACAAAAUGUCCAUGAUGGGUCACAGAGUGAAGAUUCUGCCAUGGUCUACAUUUCGUAUGAAUCUGUCUGUAACCACUCCCUAUAACGCUGACUUCGAUGGAGAUGAAAUGAAUCUGCAUCUACCCCAGUCACUGGAAACUAGGGCGGAAAUAGAAGAAAUAGCAAUGGUGCCAAGGCAGCUAAUUACUCCACAGGCAAACAAACCUGUGAUGGGUAUUGUACAGGAUACAUUGUGUGCGGUGCGAAUGAUGACAAAACGGGAUGUUUACAUUGAUUACCCACGUAUGAUGGAUCUUCUCAUGUAUUUACCGUCAUGGGAAGGCAAAGUUCCUCAACCUGCCAUCAUGAAACCGAGACCGCUGUGGACAGGAAAACAACUUUUUUCGCUCAUUAUCCCUGGAAAUGUUAAUGUGCUGAGAACUCACAGCACUCAUCCAGACGACGAAGAUAGCGGGCCGUAUAAAUGGAUAUCUCCUGGCGAUACGAAGGUGUUGGUAGAACAUGGAGAACUAAUUUCUGGUAUUGUCUGCUCAAGGACAGUUGGUCGAUCGGCUGGUAAUCUUCUUCAUGUUGUUGCACUUGAGUUAGGUCAUGAAGUGGCCGCCAAGUUCUACUCACACAUUCAAACGGUUGUAAAUGCAUGGCUACUGAGAGAAGGUCACACAAUCGGAAUAGGUGACACUAUUGCCGAUCAGGCUACAUACCGAGACAUCCAAGACACAAUUAGAAAGGCCAAGCUUGAUGUGAUUGAUGUCAUUGAGAAAGCUCACAACGACGAUCUUGAACCAACACCCGGUAAUACUCUGCGACAGACAUUUGAGAAUAAAGUGAAUAGAAUUCUUAAUGAUGCUCGUGAUAGAACUGGAAGUUCAGCUCAGAAGUCGCUUUCCGAAUUCAACAAUUUCAAGUCUAUGGUCGUUUCUGGCUCUAAAGGAUCAAAGAUCAACAUUUCUCAGGUUAUUGCUUGUGUGGGGCAACAGAACGUCGAAGGAAAACGUAUUCCGUUUGGAUUCCGUCAUCGCACGUUGCCUCACUUCAUAAAAGAUGACUAUGGACCAGAAUCGAAAGGUUUUGUGGAGAACUCUUACCUUGCUGGUUUAACGCCGGCUGAAUUCUUUUUCCACGCUAUGGGAGGUCGCGAGGGUCUCAUUGAUACAGCUGUGAAGACAGCCGAAACUGGGUACAUUCAGCGUCGUUUGAUAAAAGCUAUGGAGAGUGUCAUGGUCAAUUACGAUGGAACCGUUCGAAAUUCGCUGGCACAAAUGAUUCAGCUGAGAUACGGAGAAGAUGGUCUAGACGGAAUGUGGGUUGAGAAUCAAAGCAUGCCAACUAUGAAACCCACAAAUGCUUUGUUCGAAAAAGAUUUUAAGAAUGAUCUCUCUGAUGAGAAGACGUUGCGUAGAUUUUACACAGAAGAUCUCGUUCGGGAACUGCAAGCUUCUCCUGAAGCCACGAAAGAACUCGAGGCUGAGUUCCAACAGCUUGAAGAAGAUCGACGUUUACUUCGAAAGAUAUUCCCUGGUGGUGAUGCAAAGAUUGUUCUGCCUUGCAAUCUUCAGCGACUGAUUUGGAACGCUCAGAAAAUUUUCCACGUCGAAACACGGAAAGUGUCAAGUCUGAGCCCACUGCACGUCAUAGAUGGAGUAAAGAAGUUAUCGAAAAAGCUAAUUAUCGUGUCAGGUGAAGAUAAGAUUUCGAAGCAGGCGCAGUACAAUGCCACCUUAUUGAUGAAUAUAUUAAUUCGAUCAACGCUCUGUUCGAAGAAGAUGGCCUCAACUCAUAAGCUGAAUAUGGAAGCGUUCGAUUGGUUGAUUGGUGAGAUCGAAACUCGUUUUCAACAAGCAAUUGCUCAACCAGGAGAGAUGGUCGGCGCUCUAGCCGCUCAGUCUUUGGGAGAACCUGCAACUCAAAUGACACUUAAUACUUUCCACUACGCUGGUGUGUCUGCGAAGAAUGUAACUCUUGGUGUACCACGUCUGAAGGAAAUCAUUAAUGUGUCGAAGCAGCUGAAGACACCGUCUCUUACGGUGUUUCUUCAAGGUGCAGCAGCUAAGGAUGCUGAAAAAGCGAAAGAUGUUCUGUGCAGACUGGAACAUACAACGCUGAAAAAGGUUGUAGCCAAUACAGCCAUCUACUACGAUCCUGAUCCAAAGAAUACAUGUAUCGAAGAAGAUGAAGAAUGGGUCAGUAUCUUCUACGAAAUGGCUGAUUUUGAUCCAAGUCGUGCGUCUCCUUGGGUUUUACGAUUGGAGCUGGAUAGAAAGAGGAUGACAGAUAAGAAGUUGAGUAUGGAACAUAUUGCGGACAAAAUACAGCAAGGAUUCGGCGAUGAUUUGAACGUGAUCUACACUGACGACAAUGCUGACAAACUUGUCUUCCGUCUGCGCAUCACGAACCAACCUUCGGAUAAAAGCGCAGAAGUGGAACAAGUGGAUAAAAUGGAAGAUGAUGUUUUCUUACGUUGUAUUGAAUCAAAUAUGCUGUCGGAUUUGACAUUGCAGGGGAUUGGUUCGAUCUCCAAAGUAUACAUGCAUAAGCCUACAACAGAUGACAAGAAACGUGUGGUCAUUACACCAGAAGGAGGUUUUAAAGCAAUUUCUGAAUGGCUUCUUGAAACUGAUGGUACUGCACUUCUGAGGGUAUUGUCGGAGCAACAUAUUGAUCCUGUGCGUACUACCUCGAACGAUAUUUGUGAAAUUUUCGAGGUGUUGGGCAUUGAAGCUGUCCGUAAAGCAAUCGAACGCGAAAUGAACAAUGUCAUUUCUUUUGACGGAUCCUAUGUCAAUUAUCGUCACUUGGCUCUUCUUUGUGACGUUAUGACGGCAAAAGGUCACUUAAUGGCCAUCACUCGUCAUGGAAUUAAUAGACAAGAGGUCGGUGCUUUGAUGCGCUGUUCAUUCGAGGAAACCGUUGACAUUCUUAUGGAGGCAGCUGUUCACGCUGAGACAGACCCUGUGAAAGGAGUAUCCGAAAAUAUUAUGCUUGGACAAUUGGCUAAAGCUGGUACUGGUGCCUUCGACCUUGUUUUGGAUGCAGAAAAAUGUAAAUACGGCAUAGAGGUUUCGACGAUGAUGGGUAUGUACGGAGGAGUGGGUCAAUUUGGCGCCGCUCAUAGUCCGGCGAGCUCCUCGAUGUCUCCUAUUCAAACUCCGUGGAACGGAGGAAUGACUCCAGGCUACGGAGCAGCAUGGUCUCCCAUUGGAAGUGGAAUGACUCCAGGAGCUGCUGGGUUUUCUCCAUCCGGUCACUCCGAGACUGGGAUGUCUCCGGGUUAUUCUGGCGAAGGAGGAUGGUCACCAACUUCACCGAGUGAUCCUCUUGGAGGAAUGUCUCCAUCGGGAGCAACUCCACGCUACGGCGGCGCAAUGUCUCCCGGUUAUUCGCCUACGAGCCCAAAUGCAUUUGGCGCCCAGAGUCCGAGUUAUUCACCAACAAGUCCGCACUAUUCGCCAACGUCGCCGUCAUACUCUCCAACAUCACCUAGUUACAGUCCUACAAGUCCAAGUUACUCACCCACAUCUCCAUCAUAUUCCCCAACAUCGCCAUCUUACUCGCCUACUUCGCCGAGCUACAGUCCUACCAGUCCUAGUUAUUCGCCAACGUCUCCAUCUUAUUCACCAACCAGCCCUGGGUACUCACCCAGCAGUCCGCGAUAUUCACCGACCUCUCCGACUUAUAGUCCAACCAGCCCCACGUACUCUCCGACAUCUCCAACGUAUUCGCCGACGUCUCCUACGUAUAGUCCAACGAGUCCGAGUUAUGGCGGCAGCGGAUACAGUCCAUCGAGUCCACGAUACUCGCCGACGUCUCCGACUUAUUCGCCUACUAGUCCUACAUACAGCCCAACAUCGCCACAGUAUAGCCCCAGUAGUCCGCAGUACUCGCCGUCUUCUCCGCAGUACUCCCCCAGCUCUCCAAGGCCGGAUGCAUCGCCUUCUUAUUCACCAUCAUCUCCACAAUAUAGUCCAACAUCGCCGGUGUACACCCCGAGCAGCCCUCAGUACUCGCCUAGUUCGCCUCAGUACACACCAUCAGGAAAUCCGGCGUCACCAGUGUACUCACCAUCAUCACCGCAGUACAGUCCAACUUCUCCGCAAUACAGCCCAAGCUCGCCCAAUUACACUCCAUCUUCUCCGUAUUCUCCUAACUAUGAUCCAGACAGCUACAGCUAA